AAAAGAAGGCUGAACUUAAAUUGGUUUGAAUAGAAAAAUGCGGGGGCAUUAUUGUACUUUCUUUUCUUUUCUUCCACUCUAUACCAUAUAUUAUGUAUAUAAAAAGACUGUUCUCGACCACAAGGCAAAUUGCAUACAAGAAUUACUAUUUAACAAAAGGCUUGAAUGGCAGUUCCUUAAGAAUUAACCUGAAUAAAUCAAACCAACUUAUUGGUAUUUGUUCUUUAAGAGGAACAAGAAGAAGCAACGAAGAUAAAUACAGUGCGGUUACUUUAGAAUUACCUGAUAGUCACAGCCUUUCAAAGAUGAAUAUGGAUGCAAAUCGCGCUUACUUUGGUGUUUUUGAUGGGCAUGGUGGUUCUGUCGUAUCUGAAUGGUUGGCGAACCAUUUGCAUGAACUUUUAGAAACCAUUAGUUUGAAUGAAUUUCAUGAAACGUUGAAUUAUUUACGUUCUUACAGAGGCUAUUUUCGAAGAUUUCCAAUUCCUUCAGUGAUAAGAAACUGUGUGGAUGAGAAAGGGAGACCUAAGCCAGAUAUUGAUGUUCAUGAUUUGACACUCGAACAACGCUUGACACUUGCUUUUUUGGAAGCAGAUACACAAUGCUUAAAACAAUUACGUGGUGGAUUUGAUGACUCUCAUGAGGACAAUGAAGGUUCAACUGGCAGUGUGGCUAUUAUUGAACCUUUAGACAAAAAAUCAUUUUGGGAUAGUGAAGAAUACGACAUCAUUAUUGGUCAUGUAGGCGACACACGGAUUCUAUUGUGCGAUGCUCUGUCAGGCGAAGUUUUUUCUUUGACCACAGGCGACCAUCAUCCUGGUAACCCAAUUGAAACGGAUCGGUUGAGAAAAUAUGCUGGUUUUAUAACCACUGAUUCUUGGGGUGAUGAGCGUAUUAUGGGUAUGUUGGCUACCAGUCGAGCCUUUGGAGAUGCAAAAUUAAAGCGAUAUGGUGUCUCUGCUGAACCUGAUAUUGUUCGAUACAAGAUCACAAAAGAGAACCCUGCAGCGUUUAUUGUGCUCGUGACAGAUGGGAUUACUUCGGUUAUGUCGGACCAAGAAGUCGUUGAUUUUGUGAAGCAGUAUAAAGAUCCUUCUCUUUCAGCAAAAAAGUUAGUUGAUGCAGCUGACCAGUUACAAAGUGACGACAACACAACUGCUAUGGUCGUUCGAUUAAAAGAUUGGGGAAAACGAAUGCAUGAUUACACAAGAGAAUUAAGAGAGUACCGAUUAGAGAAUACAACGAUGAGCACUUUCUUGGGUGGAGGACAGUCUUUAGAAGACGAACUUUUAGGCAAAGGAUAUCUAAAUGAAGUACCCUUGGGUUCUUCUUUAGCCGCUGAACUCCAAUCAGCUACAAAUGACCCUUCUAUGGAAGAAAAACCACAACAACCAUCAUCUAAAUUAGCUUCUAUGGCCAUGGAAAGACGUACUUUAUCUAACGAUGUGACAAGCCCACUCUUAUCGCCACUCCAAUGGUCUGCUUCCACCGGUCUUCGUAGUAGAAGAUCUUCGUUUUCUUCUUCCUGGUCUUCUCUCAACGACCCAGAAGACGAUGAUCCCUUUGAAGUCCUGAAGCGACAGCUGGAAGAUUUAAAUACAGCAGUGUGGGAGACCAAGACACUUCAUAAGCGGUUGUUGAAGACCUUGGCUGUAGAUGAAACACUCCAAGACCUCGUGACUUUUGCUCCACCUUUUGAAUAUGUGAUUCAGUCUGUCAUCAAUCUGGUUGAGCGCAAAUCGCGCGACCGUGAAAGACAGACAAGCUAUCUACGCAACUUGGAUGGAGCACUCAGAAAAGAAACCAUGUAUAUGUCAAUAGAAACACUCAGGGAAAUGGAAGGACUGUUGUCAGCAGUAAAGACCACCUUGAACGACACUAGUUAUUCAUAUGAAAAUCCUUUACCAUCCCUAAGAAACUUGACUAUUGAAACAAGUGCAGCUACCGAGUCACUUGAAGAACUCAAAGAAAUAAUGUAUGUCAAUAAACGUCAGGUACAAGAACUCAACUCUCGACUUCGAUCUAUUGCAAAGACAGUACAUGAAGUCAGAAAAGAUAUGCGAAGGAUAAACAAGUACAUAGAAGAAAAAGACGAUGAAGAUCCAGUCGUUUUGGAAAAAGGUGAAGCUACUGAAAGAGUAAAAGAAAUCAUGUGGGGUUUAGACGAUUUAGAUACAGAAUCAACGAAGAAGAUUAAACAAAUGCAAGCCUUUUGGGAGUCUGCCAGUAUUUGUACCUAACUAUAUCCCCCUCCCCUUUUUUUAUAUAUUAAUAAAACUUUCUCUUAUCCAUCA